AUGCAGCGUGUUCUUCAUGUCACUAUUGCUCAUAUCAAGUUCUUUGAUAAACUUGGGUCUAUUAUGCGUCAGUUCCUUCACCAGAAAAUUUUACCCAUGGCUAGUCUAGCCUCUCUCUGUUUUCCUUGGACACAAGACGAAUUGGGUAUAUUAAAUCCUCAAUUCCAAAUUCCAACAAAAGGCCUUUACCAUGCGAUGGUUAAAGCCCUCUAUAUAUCCACCAGCGUGUUGCUCCUUUUUCACUCCACGGAUACAACACAGUCUUCAUCCUGCCCAAACACACGGCGAUAUUCGACCACCUUUGUUGUUUCCACGUCUGCGACACCAUCAUUUUUUGUUCUGUCCACAAUGAAGCCCAUUCCGCGCAACUUCUCUUUUGUCACUGUUGGCUACUUUAUUUUUGUGAUCCUUCUGGACUUUUUGUGCUAUAUGCCGCAACCCAUUCAAAGCUCUAACUUGCUUCUUUGCCACUCACCCCACGACAAUGGUGCACCUUUUGGUCAUUUCCUAUCCCUCACUCAUCUGAUAAUAUAUGGUAUCGAACUAUCCUCAAUACCCUCUCAUUCCAAAUCACCCUCUACCACCAUGCCUCUGCACUAUUUGACACUGUACCGUACGAUAAUUAGUAAAUCUCAGCUAUAUACUCUUUAUAGAUUAAAAUCUAAACUCUUAAUCAGUUUACGUGAAUGGAAUAAGAAUUUUUACAAAUGGUUUAUGUGUAUGCACCUUGAACCUUGA